CUUGGGCUAAUCCCCUCACGUCGGUGCGCCGUCAUCGUCAUAUCCUCCUCUUCUUCCCCCGCUGGUUGGUUCCUUUUAUUUACCUCAACCUGGUCGAUCAGCAGUGCUCAUCUAUUGCUUUUCUCUCCUCAAUCGUUGUCACCGUAUUUCCUUCUCUUCCAUACACACUCUCUCCCUCUCUGUGCCUCUCUCUCUCUCUGCAUUGUGGCUGGUCAGGCCAUUGCGCUGCAACUCUCCGCAUCGCCCGCCACCCAUUCACCACUGGGUUUCCACCGCUUCGGGUCAUACGACCGAUUACGAUAACUGGAUGGGAGGAUUCUCGAUCCAUGAUAGGAACGGCUCAUUAGACUAAGCCUGUCUAAUAAGCUCUCUCCCGCCGGCAUCGUGAACCACUUCUUCCACGCCCCCCCUCCUCCACGCCCUCCCCCUCCUCAUUUGGUCAUCUCCAACUGCGUCCCUGCAGUGACUCUCACUGACCACUGAACCCCCGUCGGUUCUGGCGACCGGUUAUCUUUGGCUGAUGGAGCUUGAGCUUGUUUCUUCAACAUGGGUUGUUGCUUUUCCUUAUCGCGCGAUUAUAGCCGUCCUUCCUACGCGGCACAGGUAGUCACCGAAGAGCGCCGUUCCGAAGACAUUCAUCCCCAAGCCGCCGCAACAAGCAAUGCGCUCACCUCCGGCAACUCAUCUGCCAGGGCGCGCGGAUCCCGAAUCAGGGCAGAGCACUUCCCGCUGAACCAGCAUUACAAUGCGCCUAUCCGUCGUCACGUCUGGUAUAGCAAACGGCGCCUAUGGACCCGCACACAAUUAGACCAGGAGCGCACCGAGUUCUUCGAAACUAGGGUCACGGGUCGUUCGGAGAUCUGGGCGGCUUUGUCUGCGGCUAUCUCUUUGAUGCGCGCCGGUGAUCUCGCAACAGCGCAAAGUUUCAUUGAUGCAGCCGGCAUCACCGUCCCCACCGGUGAUCUCUGCCAAGGCUGCUACGACGAGCAGGGUGUACUCUACCGGCUACCACAGUGCAUUGUGAGCGACCCAGAGAAUAUCGUGCGAUCCGACCAGGAGCCGGAUGACUUCGAUACGGACGACGGCAAGCUAUCUUCAGACGAAGCCUCAGGGGAUGAGUUAAUAGCCGAUGACAUAGAACGUCGUCGCGAUGAAAAGGGCAAGACUAGCGAGCGUGAUCUAAUCCGCAUCCGUGCGCGAUUGAGCGAUAGAGGCGGUCCCGAUAUCAUCCUGUCAGUGGUGAAGACGAUGAACGUCGGCUCGAUAGCCCGCAAAGUGCAACAAGAGGCAGGGAUUCCGCGCACUCACCGUGUGAGGCUUGUCUACCUAGGCAGAAUGCUCAAAGAACAUGUGCCCCUAGUCGACCAAGGGUGGAAUCCCGCCCACGUUAUUAGCGCCCUCGUUGUCCCGCGACAAUCGGUGUCAUGACAGUUUCGUGGCUGCGAUAGCUCACAUGCACUCUAACAGCCUGCGUGCAUGAACUACCUGCAGAGACCGAUCCACCUAAUCCACCCUUUGAUAUACGGUCUGAUCUUGCACGAAUAAACAACACAACACCGCACACUACAACACACCAUACCUCGUCCGACUGAUUAACAUUCCAAAUAAUGAUGAUAAUACCUCGAUACCCCCCUACUUACUUAUUUCACGACAGCAUUGCCAUCGAUUUGGCAUACCUACUUUUUCUCCCCGCGCAAGCCUAAUCUAUGCUUCCCCAUACUCAGGUGCCAAGGCAUUACUGCAAUUAAGUCGGUUUUCACGUUCAUGUCCCAUUUGUCUGGUUCCGCACAAUACCCCAAUUAGUGUUUGUUUGUUUGUUUAGUUGUUUGUUUGAUCCAUAGCUUUUCUUCUUCAUGAUGGAAUGUUCUUUCUUGUCUAGUACUUAUCACCUUAAUUAACAAUUACAUAGCUAUUUAACACUCAU